CCUAGUUGGUCGUAAAUCGAAACAUGACAUUUGACAGGAGGCCUGUUAGAAUGUUCUGUGACACGCUUCCUGGCACAGUCACUGUGCCCUUAGAUAUGCACACCGGUCCGGCGCCCAUACUUACUAUUAGACCAGCAGUGAGGGUGCAGCACGGGGCCCGCGAUUGCUCCGAGUUCGGCAACCCUUCGAGUCAUUCGAUGCAGUGGGCCCACCUUCUACAUACUCGCAGGGACAGCUGAGUGCCGCACUGCCUCAUCGACGUCACGCACCUGUGCCACUAGACUUAUAUAUACCUGUGGGCCAGAAACAACCCCAAUUGAGUGGAUGGUCAUGCCAGAAGAUGUACCCCCACCCAUCUACACUGAACAUGCAAAUUUCACCACGGAGACUAGAAUGCCAACGCAACCGCGCCUUACUGAUCCCAUAUUACCCCCACUGACGCCCAGCAAUAACACCCGUAUCAACCCAGCAAAUGGACGGAGUCAUCGGACACAGAGAAAAAUAUAUCUCGUGACCCCCUCCCAACUCAAAGGUCAUCUGGCGCUCCUACAUGCGUUUCAUGAGUUGAGGAAGAAAGUACAAGAAGGCGCGGAUAACAGGUUCCCACAACGUACGCGAACUUUGGAUGGGGAGCGGAGAUGGACCUGGUUUGUGUCGUUGGCUGUUGAGAGGUUCGAGCGGUGGUGCACCUCGAUCAGGGACACGGAUGAGGAAUGGAUGGGUCUGCCACCUAUCGAUGUUGUAAUGGUGUGGCAUGCCUAUCUUCUCAAUCCUAGCUGGUACGCCGAAGACACCACUCGGAUUCUUGCCCUGGAGACGCUCGCUAAGUAUAGCCGGGCUAUGGCGGUCUGUCUCGAUUGUCCCGUGCUCCUGACGACCCAAACGCCGCAUGCUGCACGCGUUCAGACAUGGCAAACACGCACUGGCACGCCGUACGACCCGUUCGAUGCCAUGGGUGUGUUGACACAGAAACCAGUGAAGUGCCCAAAGUGUGAAAGCACUUUCUCCGUUGCCUUUCAUGAUUCCUCGGGAAGAGGUUAUACCCAAAGCUGCUUCAAGGCAUUAUGUUCCUGCGGAUUGAGUAUCACUAAGGACAUGCUAGGCAUGGCUAAGUUCCUCAGGAACGUUCUAGAGCCAAUGGCUCCCGGAAAAUAUCUCGCUGGUACAUUGCAUACCCCUCAAGAUGCUUGCGAUACAGUACGCGCCGAGAAGAUCAGACAAAUGAUUUUGGGUUCUGCAGCUCUUGCCAAAUUCUUUAACAAUUCUUCCGCUUCUGGUGCACGACCAACCGGUGGAUCUAUGCCAACCGUUCAGGAUAUUAUGGGGGUGAACAAGUGGGAAGCGGUGAAAUUGAGGAGGGAGAUAUUGGAGAGUGUUCGUGUAAAGACGAUGUACGCGGUCUUUUUUUCUCUCUCGAGAAGGUAUUCGACUAAGGAAUUGCUAACGUUGCGGAUGGAUAGAACGAGAAGGGUUUUGGGCGCCUAUACAGACGAUAGAAUGUUUUCUAUAGAUCUCGUUGGAGCUGUUAUCCGGCAAUCCUCUUUCACGCAGAAAAUGUACGAUUUAGGGUGGACGAACCCUGGAUUCUUCGAUUCAGAGGAGGAUGCUGUGGUGCUGAAGCAUUGUAUUGCUCGGUACAAGGGCUUCCUGGGCCUCAUGACUGAAUCGCCAGGCUCAUUCUUUGUCCCCACACUCGAUAUAGAUCUUGCGUGGCAUACCCACCAGCUGACUGCGCGGAGGUAUGAAGAAGAGUGUAUGGAGCUAGUAGGGCGGUAUGUCAACCAUGAUGAUAAAGUGGAAGAGGAUAGGCUGGCUACGUCGUUUGAUGUGACUUGUCGUGCCUGGCAGGACCGGUAUGGUUUACCUUAUAUGUUCUGUGGAUGUGCCCUACCCGGAGAAACGAUUGGACAGCGUCUUCGGCGUGCGUUUGGGUGUCUGCAGGUCAACGAUGGCGAGGGCAGUGGUGGCCACGAUUACAGAUCAUUUGUUCCAGACGCUGGGACGGGAGCUGCAGCUACACACCCAAGUGAUCACAAUUCGGUGUUCUUGAUGCACAAGAGGCACCAAGGAACGCUCGCGCGGAGGAAGCGACGGGCGAAGAUUGAAGGAAGACGUGCAAGAGAGUUGAAGCAGAUGGAAGAUGAGGAGAAAGAGGACUCAGCUGGUAUUGAGGGCAAGACGAAGUUCAGGCUUAAUGCGAGGGAGAAGAAGGCGUUGUGGAGGUCAGACCACGAGCCGGCAUUCUUGAUGCCUGUACCGUUGCUCAUAUACGCGCCUGAUGGGUGUGUCGCUGCGACCUCGAAUGCAGUGGAUGGUGUGGUGUGUGGAGGGUGUGGUGCUGGGGGAUGUGGGUCGGGAUGUGCGGCCGGGAUGGGAGGGUGUUCUGGGAGUGCCUGCGGUGGGGGGUGUAGUGGAGGUGGAUGCGGAGGGGGUGGAUGUGGCGGGGGUGGAUGUGGCGGGGGUGGAGGGUGUGGUGGUGGAGGUGGGUGCGGCGGCGGAGGAUGUUGACAUGUGUCGUCGUUGUUGCUUUUGUAGGUUCUUCGACUCGACCACCUCUCGGGAGGAUGUGGUAGCAGAUUAUCAGAUUACUGUAAUCAAUCCAGGGACUCUGUAUUUGUAUACAAGUAUGUAUGUCUCUCUCCACCUGACAGAUUGGCUCCACAGGAAUACUUUGGUGUUUCAUUUCCCAUGCACGUUUCGGUGCA